AUGGAGGAUAGGCUUAGCCAAUUGCCAGAUGAAGUAAUUGUAUCAAUUCUGUCUCAAAUGACAAUUAGAGAAGCAGUCCUAACAAGUUCCCUUGCAAUUCAAUGGCACUAUCUCUGGAUGCAUGUCACACGUCUCAAAUUCGAUGUUUCACAGUUUAUUACAUGGAAGAUGUUUUAUUAUCCAAGGCUAUGCCGAAAGGAAGGGAUGAAGCAUAUCAAUUUGAUUAACAAUGUUUUGGAUUUCCACAAGGGUGGUCACUUAGAAGAAUUCACUCUCUCGUUUCCUUUUCAUAAGCAUUUUAAGCGUGUAAUCGAUAAAUGUCUCAACUUUGUAGUAGCUGAUAGAAUGUGUGCGUCCACUGUCAGUCAAUGGACCUGGUCCCUUGACACACACAGCAAGAACAAUAAUGAAGAGUAA